UAAGUUUAAGUAGUAAAAAACAUAAAGAGAUUAAGGUAUAUUGCAUUGCAGUUCAAACUCACAAAACCAUCCCCACCAAUAUAGCUUUUUACACCCAAAUUCUUUUUACUCAGUCUUUUCCCUCAGUAAAAUCCGCAAUUAAUCAAUCAGACUUGUACAGAUCAACACAACACACAAGAAAACAAACACAUACUCUCAUCUUCUCUUCUCUUCCACCACCUUAAUCAUCAUUCAUCAUUCCCACCACCUUAAUUCUCAUCUCCAAAUCUCCUGAUUGUUGGUUUGAUGCUUUGCAACGAUGACUCGGAAGGGCGGCACGAGCCAGGCCUGUGCCUCUUGCAAGUACCAGAGGAGGCGGUGCAAAGUUGACUGCCCUUUGGCACCCUAUUUCCCUGCUGAUCAACCUAACAUGUUUCAAAAUGCACACAGGCUGUUUGGGGUAAGCAAUAUUAUCAAAAUACUUAAGCAAAUUGAUCCUAGCCAGAGAGGCGUGGCCAUGAAGUCUAUAAUUGACCAAGCUAACGCCCGUGCCAAAUACCCAGUUUAUGGAUGUGUGGCCGAGAUACAACAGCUCAUGCUCAAGAUUCAGCUCGCCGAGGAGGAGCUCCAGGCUGUUCAGGCACAAUUGGCGUUCUACCGACAGCACAAUCAGCAGCAACAGCAGCAGCAGCAGGAGAUCUCGUCGACCGGCCCCGGCCCCACCACUGAUUCUGUUCUGCCCUUGCAAUUGGGGACCUUGCCUCCUCCUCUUCCCAUUUCUCCUCCCACCAAUGCCCCCGGCUUCUCGCUUUUCCAUCAAGACCCUCCUCCCCAAUAUUGCAAUGCUGCUGCUUUUCCUGUUUCCCAUCCCUCCUCCUACUCCAAUGCUGCUUAUAACACCUCCAAUGCUACUACCUAUGUCAAUUCUAAAGACAACAAUAACAUCAAUUCUUUAUGGAUUCAACAACAUUUCACUAAUAGUAAUAGUAAUACCAAUAACAAUAACAACAACAACAAUACUGUCAAUCCAAUGAUGAUGCAACCACAAAUGGGGAGUGGGACUGCACAGCCCAUCACUAUACAACAACAAGAAGAAAACAUUCAAGAUUACGACGAGAUACAUCCGUUUUUUGAUACUAUUGAUGAUAGACAAUCCUACAUUGACUCCAAGGAAGCAUAUGAAUCAAGCUCCGAAUCAUCAUUGAAAGAUAUAGCACAAUCUGUUGAGCAUGUUUCCGAGAAUGAAUUAAAGAGCGCAGCAGCUUGUUUCAGUCUCACUAGUGUCAACUUGUAG